AUGGGUGACGUGAAGAAGUCCAUUCCUGACGUGGAAGAGAAAGAUCUCCAAGUCGGAACCAUCACUGAAUUUGAUGAAGGCGAGGUCUUUCUCCACACGCAUGCCAUCACCCAUGAAAAUAUUCAGCGGCUACUAGACGAUGAGCCCCGUAACAAGGCCUUGAUCCGCAAAGUGGAUCUGAUUCUCUUACCAUUGCUUGCCGGCACCUAUACUCUGCAGUAUAUCGACAAGUCCGCGUUGGCGUACUCUGCGGUAUUCGAUCUGCUAUCCUCGACCCACAUGACGAGCAACCAGUAUAGCUGGCUUGCGAGCAUUUUUUAUUUCGCGUACCUUGUGGCGGAGUAUCCUUGGAAUAUUCUCGCGCAAAAGACAAGAAUCGGUCUGGUUGUGUCCGGCAAUGUGAUCGCAUGGGGCUCAAUGCUCAUGAUCACUGCGGCUUGCAGCUCAUUCGCUGGAAUGGCCGUUUGUCGUUUCCUGCUUGGGCAGCCGUUUCGAGCCGGCGUCUUUUACAGCUGUAACGGGCUUGGUGCUAUGCUCGGUGGCAUUUUAACAUUUGGCAUCGGCCAGAUCAAGACCAUCGCUGUCUGGAGAGCCAUCUACCUCAUCCUCGGCGGGAUAACAGUCCUCUGGGGCCUGCUUAUGCUUGUCUUCCUUCCGAACGAUGUUAUUUCGGCAAAGCGCUUCAGCGUGGAAGAGAAAAGCCUUCUCAUUGGGCGUAAUCGCCUGGGUCGGACGGGAGUGAUCAAUCACCAGAUCAAAUGGUAUCAAAUUCGAGAGGCGCUUGUUGAUCCUCAAGUAUGGAUCUUAUUCUGGUUCACGCUUCUGAACGAGACCAUCAACGGGGGCGUCGCCAAUUUCGGCAAACUCAUCAUCAAGGGCUUAACCCACGAUCCGCUGACCACAGUUGCCUUGGGGAUACCGAUGGGUGCUUUCCAAAUAUUCUUUAUCCUAUCGGGCACAUUCAUCGCUUCUCGUUUCCGGAAUUGCCGUACGAUCGUCAUGCUCGUCUAUCUAUUCCCAACGAUCAUCGGAGCUUCCUUGCUUUGGAAGCUUUCGCACGAAACCCAUAAAGUGGGUGUUCUGUUCGGCUAUUACAUUAUUGGUGCUUAUGUAUGCUCUUUGGUUCUGGCUCUCCAAAUGCCUGCUAGCAACCUAGGAGGAUACACUAAGCGCAGCACUAGUGUCGCCCUCGUCUUCUUGGCUUACUGUGCGGGGAACAUCAUUGGGCCACAUGCCUUUUUGGCGCGGGAGGCUCCUUUAUAUCAGACAGGCUGCAAACUGAUUCUAGCUUGCUCAUCAGCGCAAGCAGUUCUAGCCGUCCUGCUGCGUGUGCUGUUGACUUAUCGCAACAAGAAACGAGAUAGUGCCAGCGAAGGCAAUCUCGAGGCGGUCGCUGCGAACGACGACUUGGCAGACAUGACUGACUUUGAGGUAAGCCACCUUUAUCCGCUGGUAUUCAUGGAGAAAUGCUAA